AUGCCGGCCAAGCCGCCCGGCGCCGCCCCGCCGGCGCAGCCGUGGCGCGGCCGCCGCGGCGGGUACGUCGGCCGCGCGCUGGGCGUGCUGCCGCUUUCAUCGCCAGCGCGCCGCGCCCUCAUCACUUUCGCCGAGAGCCGGGCGUUCCGCGGAUUGUCCAUAUGCGCCAUCGUCGCCUAUGCAGCCAUACUGGGCACCUCCCAGCCGGCGCAGCCGCCGACGGCGCCGGCAAACCUCGUGGUUGAGGAUUCCAACAUCGGAUUCACGGUUUGGUUCACGCUCGAGCUGGCAAUAAAAAUCCUCGCGUUCGGCCUCGUCCUGCGCGACGGCGAGACGCCGAUGGGCGUCCUGGCGGCGGCGGGGCGCGGCGCGCGCCGGCUGUGGCGCAAGCUGGCCGGGCCGGCUGACGUGGAGGGGGGGCCAGACGGGGCCGGCGCCGGCGAUCACGGGCGGCCGGGCGAUGCGGGCCGGCCUCAUCACGGGGCUGUCAGAGGCGAGGAGGGCAGCAGCGGCGGCGCCGCGCGCGACGCAGACGCAGCAGCAGCAGCAUUAGCCACGGCCUUGACCAGCAAGGACAUUGAAUCGGGGCCUGUUUCUAACACCACGCCUCGCAGCAACGCACCCCCUGCUUCCAAGGACGCCGCGGCCACGCCGCCAGCCGGCGCCGACACGGACGCCGCGCGCGACGCCGACGGCGACAGCAGCAAUGGCAGCGGGGCCUUGAUUGCAGAGGUCAGCCUGGAAGGCGGCGGGCCCGCAUCCGCCGGCGGCGCCGACGAUGACACGCAGCCGCCGUUCCUCAGGGUGGGUUGGAACGUGUUUGACUUCAUCGUCGUGCUGCUGAGCCUCAUAAGCCUGUUGCCCGGCGUCGGCAGCGGCGCGAGCGCCCUGCGGGCGUUCCGGCUGCUGCUGCCGCUGCGCGUGGUCAGCGCGCUGCCCAGUCUCAAGACCAGCAUCAACGCGCUGAUCGCGGCGGCGCCGGCGCUCAGCACCAUCGGCGCCGGCAUCGCCUUCAUCGUGGUGCUGUGGGGGGUGCUGGGCAUGCAGCUGUUCCAAGACCCCAUGCACAACAACUGCGUGGCCGGGUCCGGCAACGACACUGCGUCGGCCAGCGGCAACACCUGCAGCCUCUUCACAGGCCCGUGGCCCGGCCCGGGCUGCCCGGCCGAGGAGACGUGCGCGGCGGGCGGCGCGGCGCCGGAGGGGGGGCAGCUUUCGUUCGACAACUUUGGGACGAGCGUCAUCCCCAUGUUCAUCACGAUGACCGCGGCUGACUGGAGCAAGGUGCUGCGGCCCACCAUGAACGCCACCGCCGGCUGGGCGUACGUUUACUUUGUAACCCUCCUGGUGGUGGGCUACGUGCUGGUGCUGUCGCUGGUGCUGGCGACACUGGCAGGCGCCUUUGUGGACGAGCAGCAGCGGGAAAGGCGCGAAGCAGCCGCCGCCGGCGAGGCGCCGCCGUCGGCGUUUUCGCGCGCCCUGGCGGCUGCCAAGGCCCGCGCCGCGAGCUUCUACUGGCAGCAGCUGCCGGGGCCCUUGGAGCGCCUCGCCAAGGCCCGCGGCUGGGCGCUGUUUGAGGCGAUCACUGAACAUUGGGCGUUCGAGGCGGCCGUGAUAAUGGCGGUCAUUGCUAAUACUGUGCUGCUGUCGAUGCAGUACGCCAGCAUGAGCGACUCGUACGCGGCCGCCCUGGACCUCGCCAACAACGUGCUGUCGUUUGUGUUCCUGGCGGAGGCGCUGGUCAAGAUCGCGGCGCAGGGGCGCGCCUACUUUACGUCGCCUUUCAACUGCUUCGACGUGAGCGGCUGCAUGCAGUCCCGGGGCCGCAGUGCGCUUUGCGUGCCUUGA